UCUUUCUGUGGGGCCAGCCAUGCUCAAAGGAAACCCCACAUCUGCCAUUUCUGUGCUUCUCCUCUUCCUUAAUGGUGUCUCCCCAAAAUGCCACGAGUACCCAGAGGACGUUUGCCAAGAACGUGAGGGCUUUGUGCCUGGCUACAACUUGGCCGGUGAAGGCUUUGAUGUCACCACACUGGAGAGGAAAGGCGCCAGUUUGCUGGAUAUGACUCAGUGGGAGAACCCAGACGGGACUUGCACCUUGUGCCAGAAUCCGUUGCUGGAAGAGAAGCCGCUCCAGAGACUUCCGCUGGCCGCGGCCGACUGGGAGGUUGACGUCUCGUGCCACCGGAAGUUGCAUUCUUCCUUGCAAGAGUCAGGCAUCUCGGUGGUGCAGGGAGCAGGAGCUGAUGUGAAGAACGACUGGAAGGUGGGCCUGGAAGUGAAGGUGAAGCCCGAGGUCCACUCCCAAGUGACUUUGGCGGGAUCCCAUUCCAAGAUGGCCGACUUCAGCAUAGACAAAAGCGUGAGAGACAAGUACAGUUUCGCUAGCCAUGAAGUCUCCUGUGUUUUCUACAAGUUUCGCAUUGGCCACCAGCAGCCGCUCACCCAGCAUUUCAAACGUGCUCUGAAGGUUCUCCCCGCAAAGUAUCACCAUGCUUCAUGGCUGGAAUAUCAUCAGCUUAUAGAAACCUAUGGGACCCACUUUAUAACAAAGCUUCGUUUGGGGGGACGUGUGAGGGAUGUAACCGCCAUACGGGAGUGUGAGACAGUGCUGGAUGGGAUGAACGCCGAAGAAGUCAAGGACUGCCUGAGCGUCGAGGCAGCUGCCAGUAUCGGCGACAGCAAAGUGAAGAUGGAUGCAGCCUACCAGAAGUGUGAAGAGAUGAGGAACAAGCAGAGUUUCAAGGGGAGUUUCCACCAGAUGUACACCGAGCGGCAUACCGAGAUUGUGGGUGGGAAUAGUCAUGCGGACCUGCUUUUCUCUGACGAUUUGAGUAAGGAAGCCUUCCAGGAGUGGGUAGCUGGCCUCAAGACUAUGCCCGGCCUGGUCUCCUACUCCUUGGCACCAAUCCACACUUUGGUGGCCAAGGAGGAUCCCAGAAGGGAGAGCCUGAGGCAAGCGGUGAGCGAAUACGUGACCAGAAGAGCUCUGUGGAGAAACUGCACAAAGCCUUGCCCACCUGGAACUCAACGCAGCGCUCAUGACCCCUGCUCCUGCGUGUGUCCCAACAAUGGGAACACCAACUCCAUGUGUUGCUCAAAAAAGCGAGGCCUGGCCAAGUUGACAGUGACUAUCAAAUGUGCCCAUGAUCUCUGGGGGGACAUUUUCACUAGUACCGACGCCUAUAUUAAGGUGUUCUUCCAGGGAAAGGAGAGUCGCACGUCAACGGUAUGGAACAACAACAACCCGGUAUGGAAUAUCCAUUUUGAUCUGGGGAACAUCCAGUUGCUGGGAGAAACCAGCAAGCUCCGGGUACAAGCCUGGGACGAGGACAGCAAGUAUGAUGAUGACUUGUUAGGGUCAUGUGAGUACAGCCUGGAAUCGGGAGAGCCUCAAAAGAAAACCUGUUACUUGGAUCACGGGCGCCUGGAUUUCCAGUACCACUUGGUGUGUGGGCCUUACUUGGGUGGCCACCACUGCAUGGAUUAUACCCCCCAGCAGCCAAGAUAUGAGGGAGCCCUCUUGCAACGUAUGGGCAAAGGAGGCCACAUGACAGGAAAGGCUCUUGCUAGGGGACCCUCUGCCCUGACCAGAAUGGCUAAGGAAAUGGGGUCCUUUGAAUAUUAG